CGCCUCUGCGCGGACGCGUUCAGAAAACCGAACGCACCCUUUGUCAACUCAAGCCAGGGACCACAUCACCCAGCGAAACGUCUGCUUGUCACUCGGUCGCCUAUUUGGCACAUUUCGGCUCCGUUAAUCGAUAAAUAACGCGUUUUCUGGCGCCUUUCGUUUUGUGUCAAUAUCAAUAACUAUGGCUGACCCCAAAUACGCAAAUUUACCGGGAAUUGCUUUUAACGAGCCGGAUGUGUACGAGACCGGUGACUUGCCAGAAGAUGACCAAGCUCAGUUCGAGUCGGAAGAACUGUGCAGCGACAGCGUGGAGCGGAUCGUUGUCAACCCAAAUGCCGCUUAUGACAAGUUCAAGGACAAGCAUGUCAACACUAAAGGACUGGACUUCUCAGACAGAAUCAGUCGAAGCCGAAGAGUGGGCUAUGAGUCUGGGGAAUUUGAAAGUCUGGGAGAGGGAUGUGGUGUCAAGGAGACGCCCCAGCAGAAAUACCAACGUUUAGUGAGUGAGAUCCAGGAGCUCUGUCAGGAGGUGGACACUAUUCAGGCCAUCACAAAAGAAAGCAAUGCGGAGGAGCGCCUGAACCCUGUGAUCCUCGCCCAGCAGGCGGCCCAGCUCAAACAACAGCUAGUUUCUAAUCACCUUGAUUCGCUGCUGGGACCGCAGGCACACAUCAACCUGGCAGAUCCGGACGGCGCGCUGACCAGGCGCCUGCUCACACAACUGGAGGCAGCCAAGGGCAGUCGCAGCUGCUCAGCAGGAGACGGCAAGGUUCCGGCGUCGGCCAAGGGCCCGGAUGGAGUGGUCCUCUAUGAACUACACAGUAGACCUGAGCAGGAGAAGUUCAACGACUCUGCUAAGAUGGCAGAAUUGGAGAAGCGUCUGGCAGACCUGGAAAUGGCUAUUGGCUCCACAUCAGACAAGCAGGGUCCUCUCAGUGCUGGCAUGCAAGGAGUCAGUCUGACGGAUACUCUGGAACUCCUCCAGGCCAGGGUCAGUGCGCUGGACUCGGCAACUUUGGAUCAAGUGGAGGCCAGGCUGCAGAGCGUGCUCGGGAAGAUGAAUGAGAUAGCUAAACACAAAACAGCAAUCGAGGACGCCGACACACAGAGCAAGCUGUCACAGCUGUAUGACACGGUGAAGAAGUGGGAGGCCAUGUCCACCUCCGUUCCUCAGGUUGUCCAGAGGUUGACCACGGUCAAGGAAAUGCAUGAGCAAGCCAUGCAGUUUGGCCAACUGCUCACUCAUCUGGACACCACUCAGCAGAUGAUCAACAACUCACUGAAGGACAACACCACUUUGCUGACACUGGUCCAGCAGACAAUGAAGGAAAACCUUGCGACCAUUGAGGAAAAUUUUGCCGCACUUGACCAGAGAAUGAAAAAGGUGUCCAAAUAAACCUGGGGAAAAAAACAAAAGUUUGGACAAUACCAUGGACGAAUGAGAGAUCCACAUUGACUUGUAUGGCCCCGCCACCUUUUCUCUUUUACUACUGCUAUCUCCCUUCACCUCUGCCUUCGUCACUAAGUGGACUGUUUGGUUCAAAAAUACCAAAUUUCCUCAAGCUAAAUUGAAGUGACUGCUUGUAUUUCAUGAAUAACAGUUGAAGAUUUCAGAUGAGACUGGAUUUGUACUGUUUGUGUGUCCUAUACAAUGGUUCACAGUAAUGUUCGAAGGAUAAGGACAAGUAUACAAUUUUUUGUGGGGCCUCAGAAGGAAAUGUGUAAAUAUGCCUACAUUACCUUGUUUGCUUGCAAUCAGUUGAUUGCUUGUAUAUUUAUAUUAUGACUGGGAUGCACCACACACACACUUUAAAUCUGCUUUGCCAUUGCCGACAAACUGUAUUGUGGUCACAGAUCAUAUCAACUUUAUUGUGGUCACAGAUCACAAUUAAUAAACAGGAUGAAUCUCUCCUUGUACUAGUCCUUCUCAAAAAAUUAGCAUAUUGUGAUAGUUCAUUAUUUUCUGUAAUGUACUAAUAAACAUCAGAUUUUGAUAUAUUUUAGAUUCAUUACAACUAAACUAGUUCAAGCCUUUUAUUGUCUUAAUAUUGAUGAUUUUGGCAAAAAGUCAAGAAAAACCAAAAAUCCCUAUGUCAAAAAAUUAGCAUAUUUCAUCCGACUGACACAAAAGUGUUUUUUAAUUAAAAAAAAAAAAGUCAACCUUCAAUUAAUUAUAUCAGCUAUGCACUCAAUACUUGGUCGGGAAUCCUUUUUCAGAAAAGACUGCUUCAAUGCAGUGUGGUAUGGAUGCAAUCAGCCUGUGGCACUGCUGAGGUGUUAUGGAGGCCCAUGAUGCUCCAAUAGCGGCCUUAAGCUCCUCCACAGUGUUGGGUCUGGUGUCUCCCAACUUCUUCAGGUCAGGAGAGUUGGCAGGCCAAUUGAGCACAGUAAUGCCAUGGUCAGUAAACCAUUUACCAGUGGUUUUGGCACUGUGAGCAGGUGCCAGGUCGUGCUGAAAAAUGAAAUCUUCAUCACCAUAAAGCUUGUCAGCAGAUGGAAGCAUUAAGUGCUCCAAAAUCUGAUAGCUACAGUGGGGCAAGUAAGUAUUUAGUCAACCACUAAUUGUGCAACUUCUCCCACUUGAAAAUAUUGAAGAGGCCUGUAAUUGACAACAUGGGUACACCUCAACCAUGAGAGGCAGAAUGUGGGGAAAAAACAACACAAAAUCAAAUUGUUUGAUUUUUAAAGAAUUUAUUUGAAAAUCAUGGUGGAAAAUAUUUGAUCAAUACCAAAGGUUCAUCUCAAUACUUUGUUAUGUACCCUUUGUUGGCAAUAACUGAGGCAAAACGUUUUCUGUAACUCUUCACAAGCUUUUCACACACUGUUGCUGGUAUUUUGGCCCAUUCCUCCAUGCAGAUCUCAUCAAGAGCAGUGAUGUUUUGGGGCUGUCGUUGGGCAACAUGGACUUUCAACUCCCUCCGCAGAUUUUCUAUGGGGUUGAGAUCUGGAGACUGGCUAGGCCACUCCAGGACCUUGAAAUGGUUCUUACGAAGCCACUCCUUUGUUGCCCUGGCUGUGUGUUUGCGAUCAUUGUCAUGCUGAAAGACCCAGCCACGUCUCAUCUUCAACGCCCUUGCUGAUGGAAAGAGAUUUUCACUCAAAAUCUCUCGAUACAUGGCCCCAUUCAUUCAUUCCUUUACACAGAUCAGUCGUCCUGGUCCUUUUGCAGGAAAACAGCCCCAAAGCAUGAUGUUUCCACCCCCAUGCUUCACAGUGGGUAUGGUGUUCUUCGGAUGCAAUUCAGUAUUCUUUCUCCUCUAAACACGAGAAUCUGUGUUUCUACCAAAAAGUUCUAUUUUGGUUUCGUCUGACCAUAACACAUUCUCCCAGUCCUCUUCUGGAUCAUCCAAAUGCUCUCUAGCGAACUGCAGACGGGCCUGGACGUGUACUUUCUUCAGCAGGGGGCAGAGGCGUCGCGUCCCAUUAGGCAAACCAGGGAAUUGCCUAGGGCCCCCAGCCAGCAGGGGGCUCCAGAGGGCCAACAGAUUUAGCACACGCAGCUUUACUGCACUGUCGCAGCGACAAGUGCGACAGAGCCAGUGAAAGCAUUGUGUCUGCGUUCCCUGAAGGGGCCCCUUCACUCGCUCUACACUCCCCCCCGUGACUCAGAGUGCGCGGCGAUUUGGCUUUUUUUUAAUUGGCGUAUAUCCAAAAUGAAGAGAAGCUAUCCGUCUGGAAGCGACAAAAGAAAGAAAAAAAGCAGAAGAGGAGAAAAGGAAGCAAGACAGCGGUGAGCGUACUAUAUUACUGUAGUUUUAUGUCCUAAUGUAGUAGAAGCCGGGCACGUUGAGUGUCCUAAAAAGCGCUCUAUGAGACUGAGGCGUUAUUAUACUUUCAUUAAAUAUGCUAUUGCUCCAAGUCCAACUGUCCCCCUUACUUGCUCACGCUCGAAGGGCCCCAUGUUGCUUGUUGCCUGGGGCCCCCGGGGACCCUUGCUACGCCUCUGGCAGGGGGACACGUCUGGCAGUGCAGGAUUUGAGUCCCUGGCGGCGAAUUGUGUUACUGUGGUCCCAACUCUCUGUAUGUCAUUCACUAGGUCCCCCCCGUGUGGUUCUGGGAUUUUUGCUCACCGUUCUUAUCAUUUUGACGCCACGGGGUGAGAUCUUGCAUGGAGCCCCAGCUCGAGGGAGAUUAUCAGUGGUGUUGUAUGUCUUCCAUUUUCUAAUAAUUGCUCCCACGGUUGAUUUCUUUACACCAAGCGAAGUGUGAGGAGUUACAGAAAACGUUUGUUGUGUAUCCUUUGUUGGCAAUAACGGAGGCCAUAGUAUUGAGAGGAACUUUUGGUAUGGACCAAAUACUUAUUUUCCACCAUUAUUUGCAAAUAAAUUCUUUAAAAAUCAAACAAUGUGAUUUUCUGUUUUUUUUUCCCCCACAUUCUGUCUCUCAUGGUUGAGGUUUACCCAUGUUGACAAUUACAGGCCUCUCUAAUCUUUUCAAGUAGGAGAACUUGCACAAUUGGUGGUUGACUACUUAUUCGCCCCACUGUAGCUGCAUUGAUCCUGCCCUUGAUAAAACACCGUAGACCAACACCAGAAGCUGACAUGGCACCCCAGACCAUGACUGAUUGUGGGUACUUGACACUGGACUUCAGGCAUUUUGGCAUUUCCUUCUCCCCAGUAUUCCUCCAAACUCUGGCACCUUGAUUUCCGAAUGACAUGCAAAAUUUGAGCAACAGUCCAGUGCUGCUUCUCUGUAGCCCAGGUCAGGCGCUUCUGCCGCUGUUUCAGGUUCAAAAGUGGCUUGAGCUGGGGAAUGCGGGACCUGUAGCCCAUUUCCAGCACACGCCUGUGCACGGUGGCUCUUGAUAUUUCUACUCCAGACUCGGUCCACUGUUUCUGCAGGUCCUCCAAGGUCUGGAAUCAGCCCUUCUCCACAAUCUUUCUCACAGUACGGUCACCUCUUCUGGUUGUGCAGCGUUUCCUGCCACACUUUUUCCUUCCCACAGAUUUCGCACUGAGGUGCCUUGAUACAGAGGGUGUCAAUGAUGGCCUUCUGGACAGCAGUCAGGUCGGCAGUCUUGCCCAUGAUUGCGGUUUUGAGUAAUGAACCAGGCUGGGAGUUUUUAAAACCCUCAGGAAUCUUUCGCAAGGGUUUUGAGUUCAUUUGUUGAUUCAGAUGAUUAGGUUAGUAGCUUCUUUAGAGUACCUUUUCAUGAUAUGCUAAUUUUUUGAGAUAGGGAUUUUUGUUUUAAAUAAAUAAAAUAUGAAAUAUAUAUUAUUUAUAUAUAUAAAUAAAAAAAUAAAAAAUAAGAAUGAAUGAAUGAACUUUAUCAAAAUAUGCUAAUUUUUUUUUAGAAGGACUAGUAUAUUAAAUGUAUUCUUCCAACUGUUAUACUCUUAGGAAAGCAGUAGGUGGCAGCAUAGCAACGAAUAAAGGACGACAUAUAUGUAAACUAUACAUUCAGUUGUCCUCAUAGUGGUCAUAUUGGACUAGCCGAGAGAAGAGGGGUCCGCCCUUUGCUUCAAAAGUUGAAUAAAAUCAAUUGCUCCAUUUUGAAAAUUUCCCACACACAUCUGGCCCACAUUACACAACUUUUUAUUGUGUCUGUUAAAAAAAAAAAAAAAAACAUGUCUAAUAAACGAAGUCAGACCUGCGGGGUAUUCCACAGCUGCAAUAGAGAAGGGCGCGCCCUCACUGUACAUACAACCUAAGAACUAACAUGUAUGAAAUCUCAUCUAUCUUCCUGCCAGACCAUCUGGACUCAAUUAGAUCACAACGCUGUUACUGUCAAGUAAGAGGCGUACGACUGAUGAUGAUGACGAAUGAAUCACGAAAGAAGGAGCAUAAGUACUGGGAGUAGUGUUGCUCACCUGAUUGCCGCCUUACAAACAUUAUUGAAGUCUUGCUUGGACGGGUUAAUUAAAAGGUGGGUGUCACAAUGUAUGCUUUUGAAAACUAAAGCCAUUUUACUGGGAAAUUGACGUUAACAAACUCCACUGCAGAAAAAAAAAAUCUACAAAGUAAAUAUAAAUUUACAGAAACCAGGGAUGAAUUCUGGGGAGGACUCGCCUCUAAUCUGAAUGCCCCCUGAAGUGCACCUGUUCCCAUUUUAGCACAAAACAUGGCAAUCUGUAAAUCCUUCUAUUCAGAAGUGAAAGCGAAUGAGAUGGUAUUUCUAGAGUAUGUUAAAUAUUAAUGCUGCUUUUCCUGUGUUUAAAAUGUAUUUUCAAAAAAGUGAUUAUUGUUCAAUGUAUUGUAUCCUUACUUGCAUUAGGUAUGAUUAAAUACGAAUGAUUACAAA